CUUUAAUAUUAUCCAUCAUAGAGUGCUAAGUUGUUAUAAAAUAACCAGUGAUAAGUGUGUUUCUUCGGCGGUAAACAUAUUCAUUUUGUCUUAAUCACACAAUAUUAAAUAAAUGUAUUUUUGUAUAUUUUAUUCUGUUUCAUACUGAUGCGGAGGGUGGUGAAUUUCCUAAAAAUAAAGUUGCCAAUAGCUCAUUGUUGAAUCGUAUUUUGGAUCGUGCUUCAACUGCAAUUUUAAAUUGAACUAUUGAAGUAUAAAGUAUGUUGUAGGAAAUAUUUUAUUUUAUUUAAUAUUUAAAAAUGGAUGAAAACGUUAUGAAGAAAAAAUUUGAUGAUAUUAUAUCUUCUAUAAUUACACAAAAACGUGAUGACAACAAAGUAUUUUUAAGUUCAUAUGAAUACGACUGUCGUUUGAAAUUAAAAACAUCAAAGUUGGCUUUAAAUACAAUUGGUAUGAAGAAGACAAUAAAAGAUUAUAGAAUAGUACGUAAAUUCGAUAUUUUAACUAUGAAUGGAAAAGAUAAACUCAUCAAACCUGUAAUUAAUGAUACCGUACUAUACUAUGUGACAAACGAUGAAUUAUUUGGUAUUCUUCAUUCGACUCAUUCCGCAAUUGGCCACGGUGGAAGAAAUCGAAUGAGCGCUGAGCUUAAAAUGAAAUAUUGUAAUAUUACAAAUGAAACAAAAAUGGUACAUUUAAGUCUUUGCGUAUACUGUCAAAAAAAAUCAUCCAAUCCGAAAAGAGGACUGAUUUCAAAACCAAUUUUACAUAAUGUCUUUAACUCUCGAGCACAUAUCGAUUUGAUUGAUAUGCAAUUACAGUGUAUUAAUAAUUUCUGUUUCAUAAUGAAUUAUCAUGAUCAUCUUACAAAAUUUGUUGUGUUAAAACCUUUGAUAAGCAAACGCGCGGAAGAAAUUGCUCACAACCUAUUCGACAUUUACACAACAUUUGGAGCUCCGGUUAUAUUACAUUCGGAUAAUGUGCGUGAAUUUGUGAACUCAAUAAUAACUGAAUUACAUUUAAUGUGGAGUGACGUUAAAAUCGUCCACGGAAAACCUCGGCAUAGCCAAAGUCAAGGUUCCAUAGAAAGGGCAAACAGAAAUGUAGAAGACAUGCUUGCCACUCGGAUGGCACAAAAUAAUAUAAAGGACUGGCAAAAUGGCUUGAAAUUUAUUCAAUUUCAGAAAAAUCGCGCUUUCCAUUCAGGCACUAGUAUUGGUAGAUCACCGUAUGAAGCGAUGUUCGGAUGUCUUACAAGAGUAGGAUUAGCCUCAAUUGGUAUUCCAACAAAUGAAAUUGAAAGUUUGUGUACUGAGGAGGAUAUAAAAUAGUGAUGAAAACACUGAAAAUAUUUCAAGUCUAAGUGAUGAAUAUCGUAAAAAUUUUAUUAAAGAUGAAGCAAAACUUGUUAACGAGUGUCAAAACAAAAUAAUGAAUGAACG